AUGGCAUCGGGAGGACCGGUCAUGGCCCUCGACGCGCUCCAAGCAUCGCAGCAGCCGCCGCCGCGGCGACACCUCGACGCGCCUAGACGGUGCUUCAUCUGCCUUACGGAUCAGGAUGCGUCUGACGCACCCGACUCGUGGGUCGACCCGUGCCCGUGCACGCUCGAGGCUCACCAGGACUGCAUCCUGUCGUGGGUGACGGACUGCGAGCGCUCCGGGAAGCCCCUCAAGUGCCCGGUCUGUAAGUCGCCCAUCAGCCUCGAGGGGCCCUGGGACCCUGUCGUGUCGCUGGCCGAGGCCGUCAGCGCCCGGUUCACGCGCGCCAGUCCUCUCUUCCUCUUCACCGGCGUCUCUCUCGGCAUCCAGUUCAGCUCGCAGAUGUACGGGGCCAUGGCCAUGUGGCUGUUUGCCGGCGGCGACGCCCUCAUCGACUUCAUGCUCGGCUCCGAGGUGCUCGACCGUCGCGGCCUGCCUGUCAGGUCCCUCAAGAUGUCACGCGUCGGGAGCGCCAUCGUCCUCAUGAACAUUGCCCCCACCCUGCUCAUCAGCCAGCUCAUGCCGCGUCUCGGGAACAGAAUAUUUGUCCCCAUGGCCUCUAUGUACGGUAUCUACCACGUUAUGCGCGACGAACACUUUGCCUCGUGGCCCCCCUCCCCCCAGCUCGCAAUCGCCGUCUUCCCUUACAUCCGCUCUGUCUACUGGAACCUCUGGCGCGAGUUUGUCCAGCCCUACGAGAUCAGGCUCAACCGCCGGAUCCUGGGUCUUCCCGUCGUCGAGCCCCAGGGUGGCGAUGUGGACCAGCGUAACCUGAGGGCUGAGCGCAAUGCCGAGGGUGGCGUCGUCGGCUUCCUGCAGAGCAUACUCGACGCUCUCGGCCCCGAGGAAGAGGAGGAAGGAGGUGGUGGUGAUGGCCAGAACAUCCGUGUAGGUCGAGGCAACGGUGCCGGUCCCGACGGUCAACGCGCUGACCACGAGGAACUGAUCCUCGACCUCGAGCUGGUGAUCGGGAACGACGAAGAUGAGGACGCGCAGGACGGCGCCCAGCAGCAACCGGCUGCUCCGGCUCCCCAGGUCCCGCCGCACCAGGACCAGGUACGACGGCAAGAAGGCCCUGAGCACGGCCACGAGGUACCGCCGGCCCCACCGGCUAACCGGCCCGGGCUGGGUACCAUCCUAUCCAAUGUGUCCAACGCCCUGGUCAGCGCCCUCAUAAUCCCGGGCAUCUCGUUUGCCAUGGGCGAGGCUCUGCGACUCAUGCUCCCCAGAUCAUGGGUGUCGUCGUCAUCGUCCGGGUCGCUGCCGACUUCAUCGCGCGUCUGGGCCCGUCAGAAGCCGGGACUGCUCCAGCAGCAGUGGGGUCGCAGCCUAGUGGGCGGCUGCCUGUACGUGGUCAUGAGGGAUGUGAUUCGGCUGUAUGCCAAGCAUCGCAAGGUGGCCGCCAUGGAGAAUCGCAGGGUGCGUAAUGUUGACAGGCCGAGGAGACAUGUAGACAGAGAGUAG